CAAUCCAUUCCAUUACUGCCCACCAGCAUCGUCCUGUCCUCUCACCUCCCUCCCUCCUUCUCUGUAGGCUGCAGCCAGCGUACAUACAUACAACAUGCUAAGUUAGACUAGUCCUCUUCUAGUCGCCUCUACCCCGUGUUGCUUGCAUCUCCCCGUCAAGCACGCCGCCGCCCCAUCGUGCCCUCCGCCUCCUCCCGAACAAAGCCGUCGCGCUGCCUUCCUUGCCGUCCACCGCAGGCAGUCGUUCUAGGACUUGUUGGUCCUCUCCUGCUGCCCUUCUACGGUGGAGGAGGAGAGGAGAGGAGCAGAGCGGAGAUCCAACCGUUUUCCGGCUGAUUUCUUCUUCUUCUUCUAUCUAAUUGCUGGGCAAGUUCCGUCGAUAGUCGAUACUGCUUGUGCUGUUGAACUAAUAUUAAGUUCCUGCUGCCAGCAAAAGGAGAGCUUCCACAGCUCCUAUGGCAAAGCCACUCAAUGGCAUUAGCCGUAGCAGCAGUAUGCCAAGGUCGAACGAGGGUAUGCGGCUCAUAUUUUCGGCAGUUGUAGGUGUCAUGCUGGGUUACCUGUUUGGGAUCUCCUUCCCUACAGUCAACAUAACCAAGCUUCACUUCCCUUCGAGUAUCAUCUCUUAUAUUGAAGAUAGAAACUCUGGCAUCACAACCCAGACAUUGUUGAACCAUGCUUGGGCAUCUGCAAACAAUCGUAAAAAGAAUAGUUCUGAAUCUAACACUGAUGAAAUUCCCAAGAUUUAUGUUCCUACAAACCCAAAAGGUGCUGAGAGACUUCCACCAGGCAUUGUAGUGUCUGAAACAGAUCUUUAUCCCCGAAGACUAUGGGGUGAUCCUAGUGAGGACCUUACUAGCGAGCCGAGGUAUCUUGUUACUUUUACUGUUGGUAUUGGACAAAAGUCAAAUAUUGAUGCAGCAGUCAAAAAGUUUUCAGACAAAUUCACCAUUAUGUUGUUCCAUUAUGAUGGUCGGACUACUGAGUGGGAUGAAUUUGAGUGGUCUAAAAGAGCAAUCCAUGUGAGUGUUAGGAAGCAGACAAAAUGGUGGUAUGCAAAACGAUUUUUGCAUCCCGACAUUGUUGCCAGAUAUGAAUACAUUUUCAUCUGGGAUGAGGAUCUAGGUGUAGAGCAUUUCAAUGCAGAGAAGUACAUUGAGCUUGUUAGAAAGCAUGGGUUGGAAAUCUCUCAGCCUGGUUUGCAGCCUGAUAAAGGACUAACAUGGCAAAUGACUAAACGACGUGGUGACCAGGAAGUUCACAAAGUAACUGAGGAGAGACCAGGCUGGUGCACUGAUCCACAUCUACCACCAUGUGCAGCAUUUGUUGAAAUUAUGGCAACAGUGUUCUCCAGAAAUGCAUGGCGCUGUGUAUGGCAUAUGAUUCAGAAUGACUUGGUCCAUGGAUGGGGUCUUGACUUUGCUCUGAGGAAAUGUGUGGAGCCGGCUCAUGAGAAGAUUGGAGUUGUUGAUGCUCAAUGGAUUGUUCAUCAAGCAGUUCCUUCACUUGGGAACCAGGGCAAGUCAGAUAAUGGAAGAGCACCAUGGGAAGGGGUAAGAGCACGCUGCAGAAAAGAAUGGGGGAUAUUUCAGACAAGGCUGGCUGAUGCGGAGAAGGCUUAUUACCUGGAGCGAGGCAUCACACCCCCGAAUUCAACAGUAGUUUAGAUGAAUACAUGCUCCUCACAUGCCACGGCAAGGUUUCUGUUGCGGGAACCUGCUGCAAACUGGCAUGUUCAUCGAAGCUGCUGCAGCCCAGGGCAAAUCCCAUAUUUGUAUAUUAGGAGCCCCACGAAUCGCCAUGAUUAAUCUUAGUGUCGUUCACUUCUUUUUAAUGUCAUUUUUUGGUUAGUGAGACUAGCUGCGAUGUAAGUAGGAGAUAUAGCAGGGACCGUGAUGAUACGCAUUUGUGUAUUAAUGACCUGAUGCAAUAUGGAUGUUGAUAAUCCUUUUCUCAGUUUCAGUAUGUAAAUUGUUUGUUCUAA